AUUAAAAAUUUUGGUGCAAUUUGACCUAGAAAAACAUACAACUUAAAAUGGCAGAGGAUAAGAAAAAUAAUCUCCUGCUUUUGUUCGAUCGUCCAACUGAGCCGGUAUUUAUGGAGAAAGGCAAAACAGCCACGGUAUUCGAUGUGCCCGAUAAGUAUCUCACUGAACGCUAUCGUCCCAUAGGCAGUGAGGUUCAGACACGUUUCAGCGAUACGGCAGAACGCCGUGUUCCAGUGAAAGAUAUUUCACUGCCCGACUUGCGUAUACCCAUGUCCUUGCCACGCGAUGAACAAUUCUCCUUGUUUGUGCCACGCCAUCGACAAAUCGCAGGCCGUUUGAUAGACAUUUUCGUAGGCAUGCGCAGCAUAGACGAUCUGCUGAGUGUUGCAGUUUAUGCCCGGGAUCGGGUCAAUCCAUUCCUCUUCAACUAUGCCUUAUCGGUGGCAUUGCUACAUCGUCGUGAUACCAAGGGUAUGGAUUUGCCUUCUUUUGCCCAAAAUUUCCCAGAGAAAUAUGUGGAUUCGAAGGUAUUUCGCAAGGCACGCGAGGAGGUUACUGUUGUGCCAGAAGGCUCGCGCAUGCCCAUUAUUGUCCCCAAAGAUUAUACGGCCUCCGAUUUGGAACCCGAACAUCGUCUAUGGUAUUUCCGUGAAGACGUGGGCAUCAAUCUGCACCAUUGGCAUUGGCACUUGGUGUAUCCUUUUGAGGCAGGCGAUAGAUCCAUAGUGGAUAAGGAUCGUCGGGGCGAAUUGUUUUACUAUAUGCACCAGCAGAUUAUUGCCCGCUACAAUAUGGAACGAUUUAGUAAGAGUUUGCCACGUGUAUCACGUUUCAAUAAUUAUCGUGAACCCAUUGGUGAGGCAUAUUUUCCCAAAAUGGAUUCAAUAGUGGCCAGUAGGGCGUGGCCACCACGUUUUGCCAACACCAAACUGAGUGACCUGAAUCGUGAAACGGAUCAAAUCACAGUGGAUAUAAAUGAUUUGCAGAGAUGGCACGACAAGAUAUUGGAAGCAAUCAACAUGGGUUAUGCUGUCGAUGAAAGCGGAAAUCGCCUGCAGUUGACCGAAACUGAUGGCAUAAACAUUUUGGGCAAUAUGAUGGAAUCAUCAAUUCUUUCACCAAAUCGUAGCCUCUAUGGUGAUUUUCAUAACAUGGGUCACACCUUAAUCUCGUAUGCUCAUGAUCCAGAUCAUCGUCAUUUAGAGAAUUUUGGUGUUAUGGGUGAUACCACCACAGCUAUGCGUGAUCCUGUCUUCUAUAGAUGGCAUGGCCAUAUUGAUGACAUUUUCCAUGAGCACAAGAGGCGCUUGCAACCGUAUGGCUUGUCCAAAUUGGAAUACAAGGGUAUUACUGUUGAAGGCUUACAGGUGACCAGUGAUGGUGGUACGCCCAAUGUGUUCACAACUUUUUGGCAGCAGUCAGAUUUGGAUUUGUCACGUGGCAUGGACUUUGUGCCCAGAGGGAAUGUUUUCGCUCGCUUCACUCAUUUGCAGCAUACUCCCUUCACCUAUACAAUCAAUGUGAAAAAUGCAAGCGGUGCGCAACGAUUUGGAACGGUACGCAUCUUUUUGGGGCCCACAAAUGAUGAACGCGGUCAACCAAUGAAGCUGAGAGAUCAACGCUUGAUGAUGGUAGAAUUGGACAGAUUUGUGGCAACAUUUAAUCCUGGUCAAAAUACCAUACGACGUCGUUCCACUGAAUCCAGUGUCACCAUACCCUUUGAGCGCACCUUCCGCAAUUUGAAAGAACGCCCUGCUGAAAAUACACCUGAAGAAUCGGAAUACAAUUUCUGUGGCUGUGGUUGGCCUCAACACAUGUUGAUCCCCAAAGGUUUGCCAGGGGAUGGUUUGCGUUGUCAGCUAUUCGUAAUGGUUUCCAAUUAUGAGGAUGAUCGGGUUGAUCAAGAUCUGGUGGGCAGCUGCAGUGAUGCCUCCUCCUAUUGUGGGGUGCGCGAUCGUAAAUAUCCUGAUCGUCGUCCUAUGGGUUUCCCAUUUGAUCGUUUGCCACGUCAAGGUGCUGAUCAAUUGGUGAAUUUCCUUACACCUAAUAUGAGCAUUGUGGAUGUGACAAUACGUCAUGAUGCCAAUCGUGUGGUGCAACGUCAGUAGCCAACCAACAUAACAAAAGGAAACCGGAAAAGGAUUUUUGACAUAAGUAAAAUGGACUAAUGACUAGUAUGCAUAAACUAUAGAAUAAGUAAAAAAAAGUUAAUGUUGUUUAAACAAAAACAAGAAACUCUUGUAAGGACGCAGAAUUUCUCUAACAAAACUUUCAUUGCAAUUGCAUCUUAAUAAAAAAAAACAUGGAAACUUAAUUCAUAUUAA